AUGGACGAUCCGACUACGAUGGACGCGGCUUCGCUGUCCCACUUGUCCUCGCAGCUGCAGUCGCUCGGCUUCCUCUCUCGCCCGCUCGACGUCGCGUCCCUCUUCUCCGCCGCUGCGCCGACCCCGACCACCGCCAAAGGCGGCACGAACGACGACCCGGCCUCGAUUCUGGCCCACCAGGCCACGAUGCAGCAACAGUAUCGCGCACGGGAACAGGUCCUGCGGUGUCUGUGGAGCUUGUUGACGGCGCGCAACGAUGCCGCCGAGGGGCUCGAGGCCGUCUCGGCGAGGGAGCGCGUGCUCGCGUACGAGAUAGAGCGCACCAAGGCCAUGUUGAAGAGGGAGCGAGAGGCCCGUGAAGCGAGUGAACGCGACAAGCAGAACGAAAGGGCCAAGGCACAGUCAGUUGCCUCUCUCUCUCCGCCUCCGUCCGACCCGCUUCAGCCCGCGAGCACUCCCGGGCGUUGACGCUUCGACCUCCUUUGACUAGAUCGGCGACCGCGGCCCUCACGACCGAACAGACCCGCCAUCGACAUGCUCGGGAAGAACUCGUCAAGGCGCGAUCGGCGCUGCAGUUCGUCCGCACCCAGGCCCAGGUCAGCCCACGCAGCCCUGCACUGCUCGGCGAGGUCGCGCUAGCUGCUCGACGAAAUUUGACCCUCCUCGUCCCUGCCCUACCCGUCCCCUACAGCUCGACCAGAAACGGCGCGACGCCACAGUGUCGACGAUGAUGGCCCGCCUGCAACGCCUGACCGCCGAUCCCGCCCAAACCAAAUUUGUCGUCGCCAACGCCAAGCUGGCCAACGUCCACCCCGUCGUGGCCUCGGCGGUCGCCGGUGGUCCUUCCGGCCGGAUGGCCUCUGCGGCUCGGUCGGGCCCCCGGUCGUCUCGCGUCGACGAUCGAUCCUCGGAAGAGGUCGUGUACUGGCAGAGCGCGUUGGAGGACUGCGAAUCGGAGCGGUCGAGGCUGGCGCUGGAGAAUGAACAGCUGCGCGAGCUCGUCGGCGAGGUCGGCGAAUGGGCCGAGUUGAUGCUCGACACGGACACCGUCAACAACAAAGAGGCGCAAGAGAUUGGCGAUGGCUUCGCUGCCGAUACCGUGGGUCACCGUGGUGGACAGCGCUCCUCUCGGACCCAGGCUGACCGCCCCCUCCGUUCCCGUGCUCGUUCUCCCUGCCCGUCCACAGUCGCUCUCGGUCCCUUCGCCUCAUCUCGCCCUCACGGUCGCCGAACUCGCGACGCCGCUCCACAACAAGCUGUACCAGAUCCGCUGCGGCGUCGCGGCGCUCGUGGCGGGCGUCGAGGAUCGACUCGAGGCGGCGCAGACCAAACUCGCGAACCAACUCGAAAGGGAGCACGCGGAGCUGCAAGAGGCCAAAAAGGUCCAGGUCGACGUCGAGCACGAACUCGGUAGGAUUACCCUCUCACUGGAACUGGGAGGACGGGGGACUGACUCCUCUCAUCUUGCCCAGCUGCGGCCCGAGAGGCGAUUGCGCAGUCGGACAAGUUGAUGCAGGAUUUCGCGGCCCGCCAGUUGUCGAGCGCUGCCGGUCCCGUUGUGGAGCUCAAAGAGUGAGCCGCAAGUGUCGAGGGCCCACAUAUGCUGCGACUUGCACUUACCGUUCCCCUCUACUGCAGCGUCAUCGAGGAAGAAAUCGCUCCCGUCGUCGUCUCGCCGCCGCGGAGAACCGCCGUUUCGCAAGCCGACCCUGCCCCUCGACCGUCGAUCGCCACGGUAAGUCGCCAUGGCAGCGCAGGCAGCUCGAUGGCAAUUUCAAAGCUCACCGAUCGACUGUCUGAACGCCCAGGCGGACCGCUUCGAAGCCCAACGCGCCCAGGACGUCGCCGCGUUCCUCAGCGACCUCGGCCUCGACUCCCCGGCGCCGACGGGAGCCCCUCUCGAGUCCCUGGCCGCCAAAGUCGCCAAGCUGCAACGCGCACCCCUAGGUUCGACGCAGGCUACUACAGCAACCACGUCGACGAGCGCUUCGGCAUCGGAUCGACUGCAAAAAGUUCUGGAACGGACCCGGGUCGAGAUGAGCCAGAACGGGCAGCGAAAGGAGAAUACCCAGACAGCGUCGAGACCACCAAGUCAGUACUGA